AUGCGCAUGUCUCAGGAUUCUUACGGCUUUCAACCUACCGACUACAGCCGGGCGGAAAUGUCGAACGCGUUCUUCGGUUCACGCUAUCCUCAGCAGCAAUCUGGCCGCUCCGCGCGUCAGCUCAGCAAUGAGGAGCUCGCUCUGCUCAACCAAUGCCGCACCGAGCAACAGCGCACGAAGAGUUCUCAAGUCUUCCCCGCUCUGCGCACCGGUCCGGUCUCCAUCGAGGAGCUGAUGGGCGUCAACCUGCAGCCCCCCGCUGAGCCACCGAGGCAAAGCGCCUUUCUUCAGCAGCUGAAGCUAGCCUCCGGCCGCAACCCCACUUAUGAUGCGCUGGGCCCGUACAUGCCCGCCUUCUCUGCCCAGCAUAGUGCUCGUGGAGCGGCUACGCCAUCGCACAGCACUCGUUCCAAUUCGUCGGUCUAUCGCCCUGAGCCGUUCCAAACCUCUAUGCAGGCGGCCUUUGGACCGCAAGGCGACACCGACAUGCUUCGUCUUCUUCACAUGCUGCGUGAUGCUGGCCGUAACGGCUACCAGCGCCAGGAACGUCGUCGUCCCUAUGCUGAGCAUAGCCCGUUCCAGCCGCUCGUGCCGUGGAAGUGGAAUGGCCCGGGCCAUGGUGAUCCGUUCGCCAACCCCUCGCCGCCUCGAUCUCCGAGUUCUGCCGAGCUGCUUUCAAUCCCGCUCCAGGGCCCGAAGAUUCGCGAGGGUAAGGGUCGUCCUGGCCAUGUUGUUUCGAAGGCGCGCAAGCCUCAAGAUGCCUACAUGACCUCCAGUGCAGUCGAUCGCGCACUCAAGGAUCCGAAAUCUAUGUUGUGCAAGGGCACGCUUCGCAUCCAGGGCCCUAAGCUCGAGGAGGCCGUUCUUGAACAAGAGGACGGGGUGGAGAAGAAGGACAUUGUCAUCGUUGGCAUUCCGGACAGGAACCGCGCCGCUGAUGGCGAUUUGGUCGUCGUGAAGAUCAAGGAGCGCGAUAAUUGGCUGAUCCGUGGAAGCCCGUAUCUGCUCUGGCGCCGACGCGGUGGAGCCAAGAACAAAAAUAAGUUUGACAAAGCUAUGGCUCUGGAGGGUUCUGGUGACGCCGGAAACACAAAGGACGGCCAUCUACAAUAUAGCCGCGAAGACCUAAUCAAGAUUGGUGUGAAGGCUACUAAGGGCUCGUCGAAAGAUAAGCAUUACCGACGCGCAAUGGACGCUCAAAAGAAGGCCCUUGAAGCCGUGAAGGUCCUGCGCGCACCGGACAGCGAAGGCGUCGGCGAAACGCCUUUGGAGAAGCUCGUGGCCGCUGCGGAUCGUCCUACCGCCCAACAACUGUUCCUCAAGGAUGGCGUGCUGCCCCGUCGCAUCACUCUCCGCGCUGCGACCGAGCUUUCCCACGACAAGCGACCGGUUCCUGACAAUUGUUUGCAGAUGACCGCCGAGGUAGUCUUCGUUGCUGCCCCUGCCACUGUCAACAAGUUUCUCAACGCUGGCAAAGAACAGGAGGUCCCUGCAAAGCCGUCGGGCGCGGCGAAGAGAUCCGCUGCCGAGAAGGUCCCCAAGCAGCCAGUAGGCACGAAGCCAUCCGGGGGGCCGGCCGUUGACCAU